AACGAAGCUACCCCUUGGGUUGUGGUUACGUUUUGAGCUUUUUAAUUCGGGAAGAAUCCCAGCCCAUAAAUUCCAGGAAAUUCUCAAGGAGCUAUGCAUAAUUCAAAGAAAAGAAAGACAAGCCACGGCCAGCAUUCCGAAUCCAAUGGCAACAUCGACGUUGACACUUCGAAGCCGACGGCCAUAUUUACCCCUCGCGGAGGAAGAUCGCAGACCUUGAGCAUUGCUCUCCCAGGGAGCAUUAUUGCAAACGCCCAAUCCCACGACCAAAAAACAUUCCUAGCGGGGUCCAUCGCCCGGGCAUUGGCCGUAUUCUGCGUCGAUGAGGUGGUAAUCUUCGACGACGAUGCUCGCCAUAUACACUUGAAUGGCAACCACAAUAUAAACGAAGAUGAAUACACUGCGUACUCCGACCCCUCACAUUUCCUCGCGCACGUCCUCUCCUACCUUGAGACCCCGCCCUAUCUCCGAAAAUAUCUGUUCCCCAUGCAUAAAAACCUCCGGACGGCCGGGACAUUACCGAGCUUGGAUAUGCCACAUCACAUACGAGCGAACGAAUGGUGUGAAUAUCGAGAAGGUGUUACUCUCUCGGCCGCCGAGGAGCAAGGAGAAGUCGGGAUGGCUGGCGAGCAUGAUAACGGGCGCCAUGGAAAGAAGAAAGGGAAAAGAAACAAGGAUAAUACGGGGAAAGACUCGCCGACGUCGUAUACGUCGGUUAACACAGGCCUUCCAGAAAAGGUCCGUGUGCCAUACAUACCUACGCCGGAAAAUACGCGAGUAACCGUAAAAUUCGGGUCGUCAAUAGAUCCAUCUGAUGGUGCUGAGGUUGUAUCACCUUUUGCUCCGCGGGAGGAGACGGGCUACUACUGGGGGUAUUCGGUAAGACGGUGCGCCUCGCUUUCUGCUGUAUUUACUGAAUGUCCGUUUGAUGGCGGGUAUGAUUUGUCAUUUGGGACAUCGGAACGCGGUUGCCCAUUAUCCGAAGCGGUAGCGGGAGAGGUCCCUAAGUUCGAGCAUCUCAUUGUCGUUUUCGGUGGCGUAGCAGGCCUUGAAGCCGCGGUGACGGCGGAUAAAGACUUACGGGAUAAGGGCCUGGGGCCGAGCGACGCUGAAAGGGUGUUUGAUUAUUGGGUGAAUGUGCUCCCUGGCCAGGGGAGUCGGACUAUCAGGACAGAGGAGGCGGUUUGGCUAGGUUUAAUGGGGCUUAGGGGCGUGGUUGAAGGUAAUGGUUGUUGA